CCUUCUAAUUCAGAUAUUUUUAAAAAUGAAUUUAGAUUGUACGAUGAAUAACGAGUGGACAAGAUAUAUGUCGUUUAAAGAUUUUCCAUAGUCUUCUUUAGUAUCUCCCCUACGAUUAGCCAAAGCAGGAUUUUACUACACGGGCUUACGGGAAGAUGCUUCUUGUUUCUGUUGUGGGCUGACAAUUGGAACAUGGACUACAGAUGAAACAGUUUCUGAUUUGCAUCAGCGUUUUUCUCCGCAUUGUCGGUAUUUGACUGGCGAAGACAACUCAAAUGUUCCAAUACAUGGUGACCAAUAUUCGGAACAGGCUGAGACUGAAAUUUCUUCAUCGAACUCAGUUCCUAGACCGAUCUCUAGUCAAAGAUCAAUUAAAAGAAGUGGAACGAACGGGAGUUUCACAGGUGAAGACAGUUUAUGCGUUGGUGGCGUGCGAACGGAUCACAAACAGGGUUUGUCAGAAUGGUUAACAUUUACUGAGACAAAUGGUCAAAUACGAAUACUAUCCAGGAAUCAUCGUAGAAAAACCCAAACAUCCCGAUUAUGCAAUAAAGAGUAUGAGAAUAUCCUCAUUUACUAACUGGUGUCCGGAUGUAAUGGAGCCAGAACAACUUGCCGAGGCAGGAUUCUAUUACACAGGUGUUCAUGAUUGUGUGCGAUGUUUUUUCUGUGGUGGUGGAAUGAAGAACUGGGAAAACGGAGAUAAUCCUUGGAUUGAGCAUGCCAGAUGGUUUCCAGAUUGUGCGUACGUGAAACAAAGCAAAGGAGAAUAUUUUGUCAGCAUGUGUCGCUCGGCAAAUAUUGACUAUAUCACAGCUGAUAGUGAAAUUCAAAAUACUGGUACAGAAGGCUUUAACUUGACAGGUGGUGGAGAACUUGUGGAGGACCAGCUGGUGCAAGACUUAAAUAGUACAGCAGCAAAACGUGUUAUUGGUAUGGGGUAUUUGCAAGAAGAUAUAGAAAAUGCCAUUAAACUGACAAGAGAGAAAUACGGUUCAACUGAAUUGCGAGCCCAAUAUAUCCUCGAAUCCCUUCUAGAUAACAGUUAUAGCAACAAUGGUAAAAAUAUACCUAUCCAGAACAAUCAAACAGACAGAGAUAAACCGUCAGCAGCGUCAGGAUGCUCUUUAGAUAAUGUGCAUGUUGAAAGCAAACCUUCAGACAUAAAAGAAGAUUCAAUGAAUAAAGAGUGGAAAAGAUACCAGUCGUUUAAAGACUUUCCCCAAUAUUCUUUAGUAUCCUCUAUCCGGUUAGCAAAAGCUGGUUUUUACUACACCGGAACACGGGAAGACGCUACUUGUUUCUGUUGUGGACUGACGAUCGGUACAUGGACUACAGAUGAAACUGUUCAUGGGCUACAUCAGCGUCUUUCUCCACAUUGCCGAUAUUUGACAGGCGAAGACAGAACAAAUGUCCCUAUACAUGGCGAGUCAUACCCGGAACAGGCUAAAGGGGAUAGAAAUGAAGCCGGGAACGUCUCUACGUCAAACACAAAUACCAGAUUGUGUCUCAGACAAAACCCUGUCAUUACAAGUGGUGCAAAUGAGAGCGUUAAAGAUGACGGUAGUCUUUGCGUUAGUGGUGUACGAACCAAUCACAGACAAUUUUUCUCAAAUAGGCUGACAUUUCAACAACCAAACGGUGAAAUUGAGUACUAUCCAGGUAUCACUACACAAAAACCAAAACAUCCGGAUUACGCAAUCAAGAGCGUUAGACUGUCUUCGUUUUUUAAUUGGUAUCAGGAUGUGAUGGAACCAGAACAUCUGGCAGAGGCAGGAUUCUACAAUACAGGUGUUCAAGACUGUGUACGAUGCUUUUUCUGUGGUGGCGGAAUGAAGAACUGGGAAAAGGGUGACAAUGCAUGGAUUGAGCAUGCUAGAUGGUUUCCAAAUUGUGCAUACGUGAAACAAUGCAAAGGAGACACUUUUGUUAGCAUGUGUCGCAUGGCAAAUAUCGACUAUAUGACAGCUAACGGUGAAAUGCAAAAUCUGGCCACAACAACAUGGAAUCUUGAAAGUUGCGGAGAACUUGUCGAAGACCAGUUGAUAGAAGACCUUAAUAGCGCAGCAGCCAAACUUGUCAUGGGUAUGGGAUACAAACAGGAAGAUGUAGAACAUGCCAUUACAUUUGCGAGAGAGAAAUAUGGUUCAGCUGAAUUACGAGCACAGUAUAUCCUCGAAUCUCUGCUUGACAAUACCUAUAGCAGCAAUGAUGGAGCACGUGGUUACAGCAAUCAGACUAGUUGUGACACACACAAACAUUCUCCUAAUCAAGGAAGUACAUCAGAUAGCAGACUUGCUGAUGGAAAUAACAGUGAAAGUUCAGAAAAGCACAAACUAUUAGAAGAGAAUCGUCAACUGAAAAGUCAAAUGACUUGCAAAAUUUGUAUGGACAAGGACGCAUGUAUUGUGUUUCUACCUUGCGGUCACAUGGUUUCCUGCGUUGAAUGUGCGCAUGCGCUAAGAAAAUGUGCUGUUUGCAGAUCAUUAAUUCAGGGAACAGUAAGAGCUUAUCCAGCCUAAAGACACAGACACACAGCUUGUUGAAUUCAAGUACAAGCUUGGUUGGAGAUUUGGCGAGGGCGCUGGAUGCACUCAAUCCUUAAUUGGGAACUAUGUAAACAAAGACACAUAUCCAUGGAUCUGUACAUCUGGUUGUGGAAGUUCACCCGUAAC